UCUUCCCAGAACGGUGGACGUGCUCACCUCCGCUCUGGGCCAGGUCUAUGUCCCGGUUUCCCGCCGUCGCGGGCAGGGCGCCAAGGCGGCAGGAGGAAGGUGAGCGAUCAAGAGACCUCCAAGAAGAGCGGCCUUCGGCAGUUCCCAUCGCGGAUAGAGAAGAGAAAGGAUGCACAUCACAGGAGGGAGGAACUACUCCAACUUUUCCUAUUCAAAAACAAAGAAAAAAGCUUAUUCAAGCUGUGAGGGACAAUUCAUUCCUUAUUGUUACUGGAAAUACAGGAAGUGGUAAAACAACUCAACUCCCAAAAUAUCUAUAUGAAGCAGGGUUUUCACAACAUGGUAUGAUUGGUGUGACUCAGCCACGAAAAGUAGCUGCCAUAUCUGUUGCUCAGAGGGUUGCUGAAGAAAUGAAAUGCACUUUGGGAUCCAAAGUAGGAUACCAAGUUCGUUUUGACGAUUGCAGCUCUAAGGAAACAGCAAUCAAAUACAUGACAGAUGGAUGUUUACUGAAACAUAUUCUGGGAGAUCCAAAUCUUACCAAGUUCAGUGUCAUUAUAUUGGAUGAAGCCCAUGAGAGAACUCUAACUACAGACAUCUUAUUUGGUUUAUUGAAGAAGCUGUUUCAGGAGAAGUCUCCUAAUAGGAAAGAGCAUUUAAAGGUGGUAGUGAUGUCAGCAACUAUGGAAUUAGCCAAGCUCUCUGCAUUCUUUGGAAAUUGUCCAAUAUUUGAUAUACCUGGAAGGCUUUAUCCGGUCAGAGAAAAAUUCUGCAAUUUGAUUGGUCCACGAGAUAGAGAAAAUACUGCAUAUAUUCAAGCGAUUGUGAAAGUGACCAUGGAUAUCCAUUUGAAUGAAAUGGCUGGAGACAUCUUGGUUUUUCUGACUGGUCAGUUUGAAAUCGAAAAAAGUUGUGAGUUACUUUUUCAGAUGGCAGAGUCUGUUGAUUAUGAUUAUGAUGUCCAAGAUACCACUCUAGAUGGCUUGCUAAUAUUGCCGUGUUAUGGAUCUAUGACAACAGAUCAACAGAGAAGAAUAUUUUUGCCACCUCCACCUGGAAUUAGAAAAUGCGUCAUAUCCACCAAUAUUUCUGCAACAUCUUUGACAAUAGAUGGAAUCAGAUAUGUGGUAGACGGUGGCUUCGUGAAGCAGUUAAAUCACAAUCCCAGGCUAGGAUUGGACAUCCUAGAGGUGGUUCCGAUUUCAAAGAGUGAGGCCUUACAGCGAAGUGGCCGAGCUGGCAGGACUUCCUCAGGAAAAUGCUUUCGCAUCUAUAGUAAAGAUUUUUGGAACCAGUGUAUGCCUGACCAUGUGAUCCCUGAGAUUAAGAGAACUAGUUUGACAUCUGUAGUUCUGACCUUAAAGUGCCUUGCCAUACACGACGUAAUAAGGUUUCCCUAUUUGGAUCCACCUAAUGAGAGACUUAUUUUGGAAGCUCUUAAACAACUCUACCAGUGUGAUGCUAUUGACAGGAGUGGCCAUGUGACCAGAUUGGGUUUGUCUAUGGUAGAAUUUCCUCUCCCUCCACAUCUGACAUGUGCAGUAAUAAAGGCUGCUUCUCUGGACUGUGAAGACCUAUUACUUCCAAUAGCAGCAAUGCUGUCUGUGGAAAAUGUCUUCAUUAGACCUGUUGAUCCAGAGUACCAGAAGGAAGCAGAACAGAGACAUCGAGAAUUGGCAGCUAAAGCUGGAGGAUUUAAUGACUUUGCGACUUUAGCUGUCAUCUUUGAACAGUGCAAAUCAAGUGGAGCUCCAGCUUCGUGGUGCCAGAAACAUUGGAUUCAUUGGAGGUGCUUAUUUUCUGCAUUUCGUGUUGAAGCUCAACUUAGAGAACUGAUCAGGAAGCUUAAACAGCAAAGUGACUUCCCAAGAGAGACCUUUGAAGGCCCUAAACAUGAAGUACUGCGAAGAUGUCUUUGUGCAGGUUAUUUCAAAAAUGUAGCUCGCAGGUCUGUUGGGAGAACGUUUUGCACAAUGGAUGGGCGUGGAAGCCCAGUUCACAUUCAUCCUUCCUCAGCACUUCAUGAACAGGAAACCAAACUUGAAUGGAUCAUUUUCCAUGAGGUAUUAGUUACCACCAAAGUCUACGCAAGAAUUGUGUGUCCAAUCCGUUAUGAAUGGGUGAGAGACUUGUUACCCAAGUUGCAUGAAUUUAAUGCACAUGAUUUGAGCAGUGUGGCCCGACGUGAAAUGAGAGAAGAUGCAAGAAGGAGGUGGACCAAUAAGGAAAAUGUAAAGCAUCUAAAGGAUGGAAUACCAAAAGAAGUCCUAAAGAAAAUGCAAAGAAGAAAUGAUGAUAAAUCCAUAUCAGACGCACGUGCUCGUUUCCUUGAGAGAAAGCAGCAGAGGUCCCAGGAUCACAGUGACACCCUGAAGGAAACAGGCUAAGCAGUGAACCCUCCAAUUCAGGAAGUAGGAAAAGCAGCCAGAAAAUGUGCUUCUGCUUUGCCAUUUAUGUCAGACAGCACUACCAAGAGGAAGUGGUCAGCAGCUGUUUUUAGCAUAUGAGUUAAAAGCAAAUCAAAGCUCAUCAGUACCAAUAAAUGGAAUUUUCAAAGAAAAGAUUGAGCUGCCAUAGUCAUAGGAAAUGAUACAUGAAACCAAUGAAAGACAAUAUAUGUGAUAUUUUCCUCACUUCAAUUUUGCUGGCCUUAACUGGUAUCAAAUGCUGUCAGUGAGAUAUUUUCAAAGAACAUUGAAUUGUAUUUAAUCAGCGUGUAUUCCAUUUGCAUUGAAGCAUUAAAAAUUAUUUUCCUUAAAUCUCUUUAAGGCCUUCUUGUUGCUAUUAGAAUAGUAUUAUAUCAGGUUAUCAGGUAUGUGACCAUUCCCUUCUGAAGGCUGAACAUAAAAGAGGUUUUUACUGAGCAAUACUUAGAUGUCUAACCGUUUAAUUGCUACAGAGCUUUAUAGAUACUUAGAGAAAAGACUUAAUCAAUUAGUAAAUAAGAAAAUUGCCUAUGGCAAGAUUCUUUGUUGAAUUAAUAUUAAUCCUUAAGUUGAUUUUUCUGGGAUUAUACAAAUUCCUUUUUAUAUAAAAGUAUAUUGUUUAAAACAGUAGCUAUAGCCAUUAACCAAAGGACAGAUGAUAUAUAUAUGUUCUUUUUUUAGCUGUCCCUACAUACUUGUAUCAGCACCAUGUAUGUAGGUGUGACAGUGUUUCAAACAGCCCUUCCACCUGGCCUACUCUCUUGCCUCCAGCUGCUUGGGUAGGACCAUUUAAACUUCUAUUACGCCGAUCUUGAAAUGGAUUUUCAAAGCAGCCAACACUGCAUCACCAGUGUUUCAAAUUGGAACCUUGAGGCUAGUUAGUAUCACACUCAGGCCACACUCAGCACUUGUCCACUCUGUUGUUUACUGCCUUGUAUUCUAGUUAUUUGUGUAUUUGUCUGUCUCCCCCACUAGAUUAUACGCUCCUUGUGGGCAGGGACUAUGUCUUUUUCAUCUUUGUAUCUUUCAUGGCACCUAGCACAGUGCUUUGCACAUAGUAGUCAAUGUUUGUUAAAUAAAGCUAUUAGUGUCGUUCAAAUUCAAAAGGCAGUAUAAUGUGUGUUUUUAGAUAUUUUCUGUAAAAUUUAAGAAUUUAAAAUUUUAAUAGAUAACUCACUCUUUCGCAGUUACUUCCUUUGGCAUCUAAACAAUUUUCUGUUCAAUAUUAGAAACUUGAAGUCUUUAUUGAAAAAUCACAUGAGGACCCAAAUCCAUGUUUGUUCUUGAAGUAAGGUGAGUGGUGAUGGUUUCUUGGAACAUUCCUAGCAUUGUUAAUUUGUUCUUCUAACCUUCAGUGCUCAAGACACUGUUUCAGCACAUUAGUCCUAUCAGUUUCUCUUCCCAGGUAUGUAUCAGUGCAUUUCCUUAGACGUGGUGGGGGUGUAUGUGGAUUCUUGGAAUUACAGCUCUUUUAUUUCAGUAAGUUUUUAUUAAGCACACAUUCUAAAUCUAUAGUCUAUAUCUAUAAUUUCAUCAGUUUUCCCAAUCAUGUCCUUUAUAGCAUUUUCCCCCAGUUCAGGAUCCAGUCAAGAAUCGUGUAUUGUAUUUAAUCUCCUUUAAUCUAGAAAAGGUCUUCUGUCUUUGUCUUUCGCAUUUAACAUUUUUUAAAAUUGAAGUGUAGGGAAUUUGGGAUUAACAGACACACACUACUAUAUAUAAAGUAGGUAAACAAUAAGGACCUGCUGUAUAGCACAGGGAACUAUAUUCAGUAUCUUAUAAUAACCUAUAAUGGAAAAGAAUGUGAAAAAGAAUAUAUAUGUAUGUAUAUAUAGUUGAAUUACUUUGCUGUACACCUGAAACAUUGUAAAUCAACUAUACUUCAAUUAAAAAAUAAUUUAAAAAGUAAACUGGAGUAAAUUGACCUACAACACUGUGUUAUUUCCAGGUGCACAACACAGUGAUUUGAUAUUUCUAUACAUUGCCAAAUGAUCAUCACAAUAAGUCUAGUUACCAUCUGUCACCAUACAUAGAUAUUACAAUAUUAUUGACUGUAUUCCCCAUGCUGUACAUUUCAUCCCAAUGACUCAUUUAUUUUGUACCUCUGAAGGUACAGACCUGAAGAGUGUACCUCUUGGUCUCCCUCACCUAUUUCACUCAUCCCCCUACUCCUCCUUCUCCUCUGGCAGCCACCUGUUUGUUCUCUGUAUCUAUGACUCUUUCUGUUUUAUGUUUGUUCAUUUGUUUUAUUUUUCAGAUUCCACAUAUAAGUAAAAUCAUACGGUAUUUGUCGUUCUCUGACUUAUUUCACUUAGCAUAAUACCCUCUAGGUCCAUUCAUGUUGUUGCAAAUGGAAAGGUUUCUUUUUUUUUUUUUAUGGCUAAUACUCCAUUGUAAAUAUAUAUACCACAUCUUCUUAAUCCAUUCAUCCAUCAAUAGAUACUUAGGUUGCUUCCAUAUCUUGGCUAUUAUAAACAAUGCUGCAAUGAACAUAGGGUUGCAUAUAGUUUUUCAAAUUAGUGUUUUCUUCAGAAAAAUACCCAGAAGUGGAAUUGCUAGGUGUAUGGCAGUUCUAUUUUUAAUUUAUUGAGGAACCUCCAUCCUGUUUUCCAUAGUGGCUGUACCAACUUACAUUCCCACCAACAGUGUACAAGGGUUCCCUUUUCUCCAUGUCCUUGCCUACAUGUAUUUUUUGUCUUUCACAUUUAACAUUUGAAUAACAGUUUUGACAUUUUUUAAUAAUACAGGUUAGUUAUUUUAUAGUAUAUCCUCAAUUUGGAUUUCUCUAAUGUUUUCCUCAUGGUUUUGCAUUUGUGACUGGAAUACUGCAUAAGUGAUACACUGUCUUUCCCAAGGCAUUAAAUCUGGAGGUACAUGGUAUUUGCCCCUUAUUGCUGAUAUUAAUUUUGAUUAAUUGGUUAGGGUGUUUUUGAUUUCUUCAGUCUAGUUACUCUCUUUUUUAUUAUUAUUAAUUAAUUUAUUUU